AGGUGUCUCUUCCUCUGCACAUCACUUUGGCAAUUUGCGCCCAUGUAGUCCUGCGCAGCGCGGAGCUCACCUGCCGGGGCUGUUUGGCUGUGAGCAAACGGAUAACCCCCCUUCAACUUCCGCCUGGUUGUUGCCCUUCAUCCACCAAUCCUCUCAUUUCUGAUCGAGCUUUUCUUCAUUUGUCCUGCUGUGGGAAAGUCUUUCUGUCAUCCGACCUGUGCCAGUCGACUCUGGCAAUAUGUGAUCUUGGGGAUAGACGCUGCGUUUUUUUCUUUUUUGGAGACUAUUUCACCGCUGGGAUUCCCUUUUUUUGUUUCGAGCGCCACCGCUUCACUCUGUGGUAUAAAUCCGAUUCGGAUAGAGCGUGAUGGUGCGGGGCUAUCAGGACUGACAGCAGAGUGCACGCUAUCAUUGGGGAAACUGCGCGUAGGACUGGUAAAAAAAUGAAAGCUCCCAUUCCUCUCCUGAUCCUGCUUCACGCCGUUGUGGUCCAUUGCCUGAAAGUGGUGUCGAAAAGAGGCUCAGAGGAGGGCUGCACGGACUGGUCGGUGGACUACCUGAAAUACAAGGUGCUUCUGGGGGAACCCGUACGGAUUAAGUGCGCUUUAUUCUAUGGAUAUAUCCGGGCCAACUACACCCACGCACAGAGCGCAGGGCUCAGCCUGAUGUGGUACAAGAGCGCAGGGCACGGGGACUUUGAAGAGCCUAUCAGUUUCGAUGGCACGAGGAUGAGCAAGGAGGAGGACGCCAUUUGGUUUCGACCGGCCGAGUUGGACGACGUCGGCUACUACUCCUGCGUGUUAAGGAACUCGACGUACUGCAUGAAGGUGUCCAUGUCGCUCGCGGUGGCGGAGAACGACACAGACCUCUGCUACAACUCCAAGAUGAGGUUCUUUGAGAAGGCGGAACUGAGCAAAAGCAAAGACAUCCCCUGCCCGGGCAUCGAGGAUUAUACACAGCCGGGAGUGGAGCCUGAGAUUGUGUGGUACAAGGAAUGCAAGCCAAAGCAGUGGAGACAGACCAUAGAGAGGAGGCGGGACACUCUGUCCAUCAAGGAAGUACGGGAGGAUGACAUUGGGAAUUACACCUGUGAACUGCAGCUCGGGAACUUUGUGGUGCGGAGGACCACGGAGCUCUCAGUCACAGCCCCGCUGACCGACAAGCCGCCGAAAAUCCUCUCCCCUUCAGAGAGCCAGAUGACUGUCAUAGAGAUGGUGACAGGAAGUCCAGUCAACCUGACGUGCCGCGCGUUCUUCGGAUACAGCGGAGACGUCAGCCCGCUCAUCUACUGGAUGAAGGGGGAGAAGUUUAUCGAGGAUCUGGACGAGGAGCGCGUUCAGGAGGGGGACAUCAAGAUAACCCGGGAGCACCUCGGGGAGCAGGAGGUCUCCAUCUCCCUGACCAUCGACUCUCUGGACGAGAGCGACUUCGGCAACUACUCGUGCUACGUGGAGAACGGCAACGGACGGAGACAAGCCAACAUCCAGCUCGCCAAGAAAGCCGAGCUGAUGUACACGGUGGAGCUGGCCGGCGGCCUGGGAGCCAUCCUGCUGCUGCUCAUCUGUCUGGUGACGCUGUACAAGUGCUACCGGAUCGAGCUCAUGCUCUUCUACAGGAACCACUUCGGCAGCGAGGAUAUAGACGGAGAUAACAAGGACUACGACGCCUACCUGUCCUACACCAAAGUGGACCCGGACCAGUGGAGCCAGGAGACGCGCGAGGAGGAGCGCUUUGCCCUGGAGAUCCUCCCCGACGUGCUGGAGAAGCAUUAUGGGUAUAAACUCUUCAUUCCAGACAGGGACUUGAUCCCCACAGGAAGUUUCACCAAUGAUCAUUUCCAGGAUGACACAAGACUACUUAGAGCCUACAUCGAGGACGUGGCGCGCUGCGUGGACCAGAGCAAGCGCCUCAUCAUCGUCAUGACGCCCAGCUACGUGGUGCGGCGGGGCUGGAGCAUCUUCGAGCUGGAGACGCGCCUGCGCAACAUGCUGGUGACCGGCGAGAUCAAGGUGAUCCUGAUCGAGUGCGCCGAGCUGCGCGGCAUCAUGAACUACCAGGAGGUGGAGGCCCUGAAGCACACCAUCAAGACGCUGACGGUCAUCAAGUGGCGCGGGCCGUCCAGCAACAAGCUCAACUCCAAGUUCUGGAAGCAGCUGCUCUACGAGAUGCCCUUCAAGCACACGGAGCCGCUGGGCAUCUCCCACGAGCAGGUGCUGGACGUCAGCGAGCAGGGCCCGUUCGGCGAGCUCCAGACCGUCUCGGCCAUCUCCAUGGCGGCCGCCACCUCCACCGCCAUGGCGACGGCCCACCCGGACCUGCGCUCCACCUUCCACAACUCGUGCCACACUCAGAUGAGGCAGAAACACUAUUACCGUAGCUACGACUACGACAUGGCGCCCGGGGGCACGCUGCCGCCGCUCCCCCCGCUAGGCAACCAGCACACCUACUGCAACAUCCCCAUGACGCUCAUCAACGGGCAGCGGCCGCAGUCCAAGUCGCCGCGGCAGACCAGCCUGGAGGAGGCCCACGGCAACAACGCCAUGCUGCCGCUGCUGCCCCGAGAGACCAGCAUCUCCAGCGUCAUCUGGUGA